UCCCAGCGCAGUUACCGCUAUCAAGUCGCGAAUCCGAAGUCAUGACGCUCAGCCACGCCUCCUUCGUAGCCCUCGUUUUGGCCCUCUGCUGCCUCAGUUUCAUUCAGGCGCAGCCACAACGCGGACUUCCCCCGCCCCGCGGCAACUCCUUCGACGCGAAUGCAGUAAUACUCAAGCAGAACUUCGACCUCAAUCCCGAUGGCUCCUAUCAGUACAACUACGAGACGAGCAACGGAAUUCGCGCAGAUGAGGCUGGCUACUUGAAGAACCCAGGAAGUCAGAUUGAGGCUCAGGUAAUGCAAGGCUCGUACUCGUACACUGGACCCGAUGGCGUGGUCUACACCAUCACCUACAUCGCUGAUGAGAACGGAUACCGCGCCGAAGGUGCCCACAUACCCACUCCACCUCCAGUUCGUGCCGCCGGCGCUCCCGGAAGAUUCUUCAAGUAAUCCAGAUCGGACCGAAUUCGUGUUUUAAUUCUUCAUCGUUAUGCUCAAGUUGGCAAUCAAUUCGUUGCGGGUCAGUGUUAACCUGACCAAAAGUGAACCAGAGACAGGAGAGAGAGAGAGAGCAGCUGCUCGUUGAAGGUCCUUCAUCCCACCCACAAUCAUUUCCAUUCAAACUCCUUUCCCCCAAAAAAACCUCUUCAUCUUCGUGCUUCACCUGUGCAUUUCUACAGCCAAUUCCAACUCUAAUCUACAUUCUACACUCUACAAUCGACAUUCUACUUAGUGCUUAACAAACUGUGUGUGAGAUAAACAUUUGUAAAAUAUUUAAAUCCGAUUGUUAAAUGUCGUACCGCAACGCAUGCUCCGCAAUAAAACAAAAAUUGCACAAAAAUCUA